AUGUCCAUAACCAGGAGACUCAAGCCCACAUGGACACGUAGCACCCCCACACUUGCAACAAGGAGACUCAAGCCCUCGCGGACACUUAGCUCCCCAUCAUCGCAAACAAGAGACUCAAGCCCACACGGAAACGUAGCACCCCCAUCCUUGCAACUAGAAGACUCAAGACCACACGGACAUGUAGCACCCCCAUGUCCACUCAGAUCCACAAGGACACGUAGCACCCCGCCCUUGCAACCAGGAGACUCAAGCCCACCCGGAUACGUAGCACCCCCACCCUUACAACCAGAAGACUCAAGCCCACAGGGACAUGAAGCACCCACACCCUUGCAACCAGGAGACUCAAGCCCACACGGACACGUACCAGCCUCACCCUUGCAACCAGGAGACUUAAGCCAACACGGACACGUAGCAUACCACCCUUGUAACAAAGAGACUCAAGCCUUCAAGGACAAUAGCACCCCCACGUCCGCAGUCCGGAUUAGAGAGUCCACAUUUAAAACACCAACGUCCGCAACCCUGACACUCAAGCCGACGUGGACAUGUAGUCCCCCCAUGUCCUCAACCAGGAGAUUCAAGCCAACGUGGACAUUUAGCACCCCAUGUCCACAACCAGGAGACUAA